CGUUUCACAAAACGAGCGAUUGUGAUACAUUUCAUUUGAAAUUACGUACGAAAAUUUGCUUUACAAAUUUUAGGCAAAUUAGUUUUGGUUGUUAAGGCAUAUCUAGUAAAAGUUAUAAAGGCUGCACAAAUCCCAAUUGUAAUAACACCUAUUGAUAUUCUGAUCGAAUAAUAUAGAAAAUCGUGUGUAAAGUUAUAAAAUGGAUAAUUGCGAGUUGGCGGCGAAUUUCCAGGAGAAAGUAAAACAGGAUAAUGCACCACCACGUGUUACUGCAGAAGCUGACUUGGAGGAAAAGCACACGCGAUUACGCGAAUUUGCUGAAAAGUUGCGGGCGGAAUACUACGAGUCUUACCGCCAAAUUACUAGAGAGUUGAGCGUUUAUUUCAACUAUAAAAUGUUUGCCAAUAGAGUGUGGAGCGCGUUAAGUCUUGCUUGCCUCAUUGGAAUCGUGAUAUCAUCAUGUGGACUGGCUGAAGCAAAAGUCGCUCACAAAAUACACUGCACAGAGGACCAGAUGCAAGUGGAAAUACAAAUACCAGAAACAAACAAAGAGCCGCAAAUAUACUUGGAAGGUCUCAAGGAUUAUCCAAAUGAACGUUGUCAGCCACAAAUUACUGAUUCGCAGGCCGUGUUUCGGCUUUCCCUGACCGACUUUUACGAAUGUGGAGUCACACGGAUGGUUAAUCAGUUGACGGGCAAAAAGGUGUACUAUCACAAGAUACUGAUAGAAUCCGAUGUAGGCAAGGAAGUAGUAAGCGUGAAAUGCAUCACAACAGAGCCAUUUUACAAUGUGCUCAUGCUGAAUGCAACCAAACAUCAUGGCGUUGUAAGGCGUGACGUUCUACCGGCUGGAUUUCAAGAGCCAGAGGACUUAGAGAUCACAACAUCGCUCACUGAGCGGGCACCGGAACCCCGACUUUCAAUAGGCGUUAAUCAGAAUGGCAAAAAGGUCACUGGUGAUCUAACAGUUACGCCAGGCACUCCAUUGACUAUGGAAAUAAAUUUGGACCGAGAUUCAGCAUCGGUAUAUGGUUUGGGCGUGAAUUAUCUGGAAGUGACCGAUACUCGCCAGCUCUCUGAAACCAUUGUAUUUAAAGGCUGUACGGUGGAUCCAUACCUUUUCGAAAACUUUAAUACCAUCGACGGAGACACUUUAUCAGCGAAAUUCAAAGCGUUCAAGUUCCCUGACUCAUCGUACGUUCAGUUCCGCGCCACAGUCAAUGUGUGUCUGGACAAAUGUCUGGGCACACAGUGCUCAAACGGACAAAUCGGUUAUGGACGCAGAAGGCGUGAUACAACUGAACUGUUAGCUCAGGGCUUGAUGGACACCAACAAGGUCUACGAAAUAUCACUGGCUAUGUUCAUAAAGAUCAACGAUAUUGAAGGCGUCAAUCGUAAUGAAGUACUGCAAUUAGAGGAGAAACUAAGAGAAUUGAAAUUGGCCAAUCAGCGAUUGGCGCGUAACAGCCGCGUUAACUUUGGAGAGUCGCUGAAAACCUUCGAACAACCCAUUAUGUCCGUGCCAGCCUUUGUGGUCGAUGAAAGGGAGCUCAGUCAAGCCCAAACCAGCGCCAGCAAUGCUGCUUCCAGCAGAUCCCUCGCAUUGGCAACGCUGUUCUUUGGUUUUUGCGCUGCUGUUUGUAGAUUUAUGUAAAGGAGAAGAAGCGCCACCUAACCAUAUUCACUUGUUUAUUAAAAAUGCGAUAGAUAUUGUAAUAUCCCUAUUACAAUAACAAAUAGUACUCAUGUACUUAACAUAAAUUGAAAGGAAAGUUGGAGCAGUAAACCAGUGGGAUAUCUGAUGUAAAUAUGUAACAAAAAUAGAGAAACGAAAUCAAGUUACAUCAGAACAGAAGUUGUGUGUAUGCGUUUUUAAUGCAAUGUGACUCUCAUGCAAUCAUACAUACACGUAUAUGUAGAAGUAUGCAAAAGCAUGUAAUUAUUACAGUUAGAAAUUACAUAUAUGCCAUCAUUUACAGUUAUUUACCACGGAUAUUACGGAAGGAAUAUUAAUGAAAAUAAUAAAAUAUUAAUAAAUAAUAAAAAAGUACUAAAUGUAAGCGAAUAUAUUUUGGAUCCCAAAAUUGCUACUCAAUGCAAAUAAACAUAUAUACAUAUGUAUAUCGCUCAAAACAUUAGAAUUCUAAACCUAAGGUCCAAAAAAAAUUUAAUCGCACUUCUUUUAAAAAUGAUUAUUUAUCCAUUAAGGAGUAGUUGCAGUUGCCUACUGCCCAAAUAUUAUCUUCUAACGAGUAAGUCACUACUAGUCUACUAAGAUAAAAGUUGUAUGUAAGUUAAUUGAAUAUUAAUAUUAAUAUGUAACAAUAAACAAAUUUAAAUACUAA